CGGCGGGGGGGCGGGGCCGCCGACGCGAGGCACGCUGGGGCGGGACGCGCGGGCUGCCGGGAACGGGGCGGAGCGCGGCCGCGCCGGCGCGUCGAGGGGGGGACAGGCAGCCGCCGCGAUGGACGUGUUCCUCAUGAUCCGGCGCCACAAGACCACCAUCUUCACGGACGCCAAGGAGUCGAGCACUGUGUUCGAGCUGAAGCGCAUCGUCGAGGGCAUCCUCAAGCGGCCGCCCGACGAGCAGCGGCUGUACAAGGAUGACCAGCUUCUGGAUGACGGCAAGACACUGGGAGAGUGUGGCUUCACCAGUCAGACAGCACGGCCGCAGGCCCCAGCCACUGUAGGGCUGGCCUUUCGAGCAGAUGAAGCUUUCGAGGCCCUGCGCAUCGAGCCCUUCUCCAGCCCACCUGAGCUGCCCGAUGUGAUGAAGCCACAGGACUCAGGAAGCAGCGCCAAUGAACAAGCGGUGCAGUGAGAGGGCCCCGGGCCUGCCCCCAGUGCCACCCCCCCCCCAAUAAAAGAGAUUUGGGUGUCUG